AUGAUAAGGUUAGCGAAGCGACUCAAGAAGGAAAAGGUGAAUGUGGAUGUCAUCAAUUUUGGUGAAGUGGAAGCGAACCAACAAAAGCUAGUCGAUUUUAUUGACACGCUCAAUGGCAAAGAUGGUGGUUACUCACACUUGGUUUUGGUCCCCCCUGGGUGUGUACUUCAUGAUUCGUUACUGACGAGCCAUGUUGUGGACGGUGAACAUGGUGGGGCUCUGUCGAAUGCUGGCUUGGGCGUGGGUUUCGGAUUAGAUGCAAACGAGGAUGUCGAUUUCUUGUACGNCACUUCGAGUAUCUAUGGAGGAUCAGUUGAGGCGUCAAGAGCAAGACGACGCAGCCGCUGCUGCUGGAGCUGGAAACGUAGCAACUUCUCUGCCGGACUCAUUCUGUUGAGCCGAGCCUCGGAUGUAGUUGUUCUCGCAGCCGGCACGGGUACUAGCGAGGAAGCGAUGCUCGAACAAGCGUUAACGAUGUCAAUGGAUAUGAAUGCUGGUGGAACUCGUCCUGCCGGUCCUAUGGAUAUCGAUUUGGCUGCCAUGACCGAAGACGAACAGAUUGCUUACGUCUUGGAGAUGUCAUUGCAACAGCAGAAUGAAGUACCGCCACCAUCCACAAAGCCGGAAAAGGCGAGUUUCCAUCCGGAUGAAGGCGUUGCUCCAAUGGAAGUCGAUCAACCAGCCCCAUCGAGUGGUGGAGGAACACUGGCUUCUGCUGCGGCCGCAGUUUUAGGUUUACCGGAAACUGGUACCACAGGCGGCACUGACUUGGAUGUGAUUCAUGAUGCCGAUUUCCUCCAGUCCGUGCUCCAAAGUCUCCCCGGUGUGGACACCAAAAACGAGGAGGUCCGCAAAGCUAUCAAUGCGCUUUCAAAAUCCAACCCCAGUCAACCAGAGAAAAAGGAUGACACAAAGAAGGACGAUGCAUCGGCUGGUGGAAGCGCUUCGGGGUCAGCCAAACCAUAA